AUGGUGAAGUUUGCACCACUGUUCGUGCCAUGGGAGCGCAGGCUGCAGACCUUCAUGGUCCUGCAGUGGGUCUUCUCCUUCCUGGCCCUGGCCCAGAUCUGCACUGUGGUCUUCGUAGGCCUCCUGUUCACAAGGUUCUGGUUGGUCAGCGUCCUGUAUGCCGCCUGGUGGUACCUGGACCGCGACACGCCGAGGCAGGGGGGCAGGCCCGUCCAAGCCCUGAGGCGCUGCUUCAUGUGGAAGUACAUGAGGGACUACUUCCCCGUCACGCUGGUCAAGACUGCUGAGCUGGACCCCUCCCGGAACUACCUUGCUGGCUUCCACCCCCAUGGGGUCUUGGCCGCCGGAGCCUUUGUCAACCUGUGCACGGAGAGCACGGGCUUCCCUUCGCUCUUCCCUGGCAUCCGCUCCCAUCUGAUGAUGCUGACCUUGUGGUUCCGGGUCCCUUUCUUCAGGGAUUACAUCAUGUCCGGGGGCCUGGUCACUUCGGACAAGGAGAGCGCUGCUCACAUCCUGAGCAGGAAGGAGGGUGGCAAUCUGCUGGCCAUCAUUGUAGGGGGUGCCCAGGAGGCGCUGAACGCCAGGCCUGGAGACUCCACGCUUCUGCUCCGGAACCGCAAGGGCUUCAUCAGACUUGCCCUGAUGCACGGGGCAGCUCUGGUGCCGAUCUUUUCCUUUGGGGAGAAUGAGCUAUUUGACCAGGUUGAGAACUCUCCUGGCUCCUGGUUGCGUAGGAUUCAGAACCGGCUGCAGAAGAUCAUGGGUAUCUCCCUCCCGCUCUUCCAUGGUCGUGGUGUUUUCCAGUACAGCUUUGGCCUUAUACCCUACCGCCAGCCCAUCACCACCGUGGUGGGAAAGCCCAUCGAGGUGCAGAAGACACUGUGUCCCUCAAAGGAGGAGGUGGACAAGCUGCAUCAGCGCUAUGUCAAGGAACUGUGUGAUCUCUUCGAAACCCACAAGCUCAAGUACAAUGUCCCUGUGGACCAACAUUUGGAGUUCUGCUGAGGGCCUCCCCGGAGGGCAGGGCUGGCCUUGGAGAGCCUGGCGGGAGGUGUUGUGAUCUGAGAAGGCUUCCUGGAAGCGUCUGUUGAACAUAUCUUCACAGCCUUCCCAAACUUCUGCAAAUCCAGCCAUGAUAUGCUCCAAAUCCCAGCAGACAAGCAGGAGGGGACACUAAGCUCUGGCAUUGGCGAUUUGUACUCCUGCUGCAAAACUCCUACGAACCUCCCUCUGCGUGGCUUGCUCUUCUGUAAAUGCGAGAUGGCUGGAAGAGAGGAUUUCUGAGGCCUCUGUCCCCUGUUGUCAUGUCAUUCAAUAGAGAAAGAGAGCAGCAAAUAUCACCAGGUUUUUCUUCCUCUACCCUGAGUGAUGACACAAAAGAAGCCACUAGUUCCAGCCCCGUCUCCUACAAGCUCCCUCAUCCUGCACCCUGGAUGUCUCCACUCCUCCCUCCCUGCGCCAGAGGGUGGGGGUGGCCUGGAAGCCUCUGCGCUCAUGCAGGACACCUGUGAGUUUCUGUCCUCUGAGCUGUGGACUGGUGGCCACAGGGGCCGGAAAGGUGGAUAAGGAGAACUGUGCUCUGCCACUGGCUAUAUGAUAAUAUAGACCUCUUUGGUCUCCUUCUGAACCUCAGUUUCCCUGACUAAGAUGAACCCUGAGUCUCGACUCUGAUGUUCCAGGGGCAGAGAGCUUCAUGAGGCACCUCUUACUCGUCCAUUGUAAUUUCAGCCCCCGACCUUGGUACAGAAAGGGGGGGUCUCCCUAAACGUCAGCUCGACAAAUGAAAGGAUGAUUCUAUUUUAGCCUUCUCCUGUUCCUCCCCGUUCUUCAGCAAGGGGGGUUCAUCGAAGCCUCUCUUGACUCCCAGACUGGCCCUGUGGCCCUGCAGCCCUACCUCAUCUUCCCAGAGUGCCAUGUUGACUCAUCCUUCCCGAUCCGUCAGCCCCCAGCCUACCACCCCUGAUCCUGUUCUGCUGGGCAAGAAAAUUGAGAGGCUUUACGUUAAGACACAGAGAAUGAAGACCGGACAUGAGUGCACAUUUGUGUGUGUCUGCAGGGUGGGUGAGAUGGGGACAGAAUUCAGAAUUCUGAAUUCCUGAGUUUGGGACAUAUGUCAGUAGCAAAGGACAGGAUGCCCAGGGUGGACCAUACCCCUUUCGCCCUCCAGCAGGGAAACAGCAUCCCUCCAGGGGCAAAUCAUACCGUAAUUAAAACAGGAGGGACAUCUGAGAGGUGUAAAUUUGGGUUUAAAUCCUGGAGCAUCUGUUUUCAGCGAC